CUUUUGUAGUUUUCAGAAAAAUAGCAGUUUUAAUAUUUUCUUCCUGAAAUAUAUACGAUCAACAAUGGACGUUACAUAUAGGAGCACCAUAUUUCUAGUGGUUGUCUGCUAUGCAGCAGUAAACUCUAAACCUGGAAUUGCAACGAAGCAUGUCAAUCGCAUUGAAGCAGCAACUGUCAGACAAACAGCAACCGACGAAAACACGUCAGCUAGUUCUGCAACGACUACAAGAAACUCAAACGUUACUGGUCAGACAACCGAACUCUCUAAUGUUACCAUUCAAACAACGAUAACUCCAAAUAUCACGACCACGAAAAAUUCUAACAUUACUGUAGAGCCAACAACUCAAAAUGCAAAUGUUACAAUGGAACCUGUAACUAAGGCCUCAAACGUGACACUAGAACCAACAACGAAAAACCUAAAAUGUACAGUAGAACCAACAACCACAAACCAAAAUGUGACAGUAGAACCAACAACUAAUAACCCAAAUGGUACAGUAGAACCAACAACGAAAAACCCGAACGUUACAGUAGAACCAACAACCACACACCCAAAUGUUACAGUAGAACCAACAACUAAAAACCCAAAUGUAACAGUAGAACCAACAACCACAAACCCCAAUGUUACAGUAGAACCAACAACAAGAAAUUCAAAUAUUACAGUAGAACCAACAACUACAAACCCAAAUGUUACAGUUGUACCAACAACAAGAAAUCCAAAUAUUACAGGAGAACCAACAACCACAAACCCAAAUGUUACAAUAGAACCAACAACCACAAACCCAAAUGUAACAGUAGAACCAACAACAAGAAAUCUAAAUAUAACAGUAGAACCAACAACCACAAAACCAAAUGUUACAGUAGAACCAACAACAAGAAAUCCAAAUAUUACAGUAGAACCAACAACCACAAACCCAAAUGUUACAGUACAACCAACAACCACACACCAAAAUGUGACUGUAGAACCAACAACCACACACCCAAAUGUGACUGUAGAACCAACAACCACAACCCCAAAUGUUACAGUACAACCAACAACCACACACCCCAAUGUUACUGCAGAACCAACAACCACAAAACAAAAUAUAACAGUAGAACCAACAACUAAAAACCCAAAUGUUACAGAAGAACCAACAACUAAAAACCCAAAUGUUACAGUAGAACCAACAACCACCAACCCAAAUGUUACAGUAGAACCAACAACGAAAAACCCAAAUGUAACCGUAGAACCAACAACCACACACCCAAAUGUGACUGUAGAACCAACAACCACACACCCAAAUGUGACUGUAGAACCAACAACCACAACCCCAAAUGUGACUGUAGAACCAAAAACCACACACCCAAAUGUUACUGUAGAACCAACAACGAAAAACCCAAAUGUUACAGUAGAACCAACAACGAAAAACCCAAAUGUGACAGUAGAACCUUCAACUCGCCCAAGUAAUAUGUCUACACCAAUGUCAACUCCAAAAACGAAUCCACAUCCAACAACACAUGCAAUGCCGACCACUACAAAGAAGUAUAAAUUUAAUAGUGUCAGUUUUGUAGAAGGAAUAGUUUUAGGAGUCGGAGUAUCAGUUGUUAUACUAAUUAUUGUCUACGUUUUGAAAUGCAGAAAACGUGAUGCCGGUUACGAAAGACUGUGAACCUAACAAUUUAUUAGAAUAGUCCUUUUUGUAAUCUCAUUUGCUUAAUACUGAUUUUAUAUUUAUAUAUAAGACCACUAUAUUUAUUCAUAAUGUCAUCGUCUUACUAUGUGAAUUCCAAUGAUCAUUACAUAUGUAUGUAAAAGAAGGAGUUCAUUACUAGUAUACAAAUCCUUUGAGCAGAUUGACAAAACUCAAAAGCAAAGGAACAGUGCUUUUAUUUUCGUGCUUUAUGUUAAAAGUGAAAGUGAGAUUUUCAGCACAUGAACAGAUACACAUUAAUACAUUUCAGACGGAUCAUCAACGGGAACAGCAGUGAAAUAUUAUAUUUUUCAAUGAUUCAUUUUUAUAUGAUUUACAAUUUGUUUUUGUUAUAUAAAAUAUUUCAUAAACAGA